AUGACGCCCCCUGCAGUGAGUGAUAUACAAACCAAACAACAAUGGCGGCGCGCGAAGUGGUGGACGUUAUCUCUUCGGACGAGGAGUUCCUGGAACCUCCCAGGAAACCUAUUGGUUGGAACUUUCAACUAGGACUUAAGAAGGAAGGCAAGACCAAGAAGUCCAGAGCCAAUGGGGUAUCGGCAGCAACAGCAUCAGCAUCCCAUGACUCUACUGAUGACUCUGAUGAUGACCUUGAAAUUAUUGAGGUAAAGGUCGAGCCCCAAAAGAAGGUAGCCUCACUGCUGCCCUCCAGCAGUCGCUCAGAGAUUCGCAAACAGGUGCGCAACACCACCCAGUCUUCCAUAUCAGACUUCUUCAGUAAACCUCCAAAAGCAGACAAAGGGAGCAACAAGGAGAGCAAAGAAAAAGAGGAAGAAAGAUUGAAGAAAGAAGAAUAUGAGAUUGAGGAAGAUGAUGACAAGAGCUCAGCCACAAUGGAGGCAUUCAUGAGAAGAUGGGAAGAGAUUAAUAAUUUAGGUAAAGAUGAUAAGAAGAUCCGAGACAAGUUGUGGAAGUACUACCACCUUGCCCACACGUCCUACACACACUCAAAGAAAUUUAUACAGAUUGUGGAGGCAUCAAUAGACAAGCUCACUAUUAGCAAUACAUAUGUUAUCAUAAAAGACUUACUGGAUUCUCUGAAGCGGUACAAAGACUCUCCCUUCCGAGAGAAGUUAAGUGAGGAGGAGUCUGCUGGGACUUCAAGAGAAGGAACUCCUGCACCCAUUGAGGUAGAAGACAGCAAGACAAACAGAAAGCUCAAAAAGAUUGAUAAGAUGAUGAAGGAGAUAGCACAAAAAAUCAAGGAUCUGGAGAACCAGGAAGUUGACCUUGAUGAUGAGGUGAAUUCUACAUAUCUAGUAGAGGAGAGGCUAAAACGUCAGUUUACCAAGCUGCACAGCUACUACUGCCGCCUUGCCAACUGUUCACCCGCCACGGGAAGGCCCACUGAGAAGAAGUUCAAGUUCCGAGGGAGCCGUUGGCAGGAGAUAAACAAGAGAAUCACAGCAUGGGUGAACAAACACAAGGAGUUUCCUGACUACACAGACAUCUUGAAUCUUGUGAAGAAAGUGACACAACAAAGCAGCUUGCCCCUCAGACCAGAGACUGUGCGAGUACAAGCCCAGGAGAUCUUCAGGGACGUUGGGAAGAUGCUGAAGUACAGGCGGGAGAGUGAUGACUUGUACAGCAUAUACUCGUAUGCUGAUGAGGAGGGAGAAGACCCGGCUUUAGAGGAUGAGGAACUAAACGACAAACUGAAGCAAAAUGAAAAGGCUGCUGAGGAGAAACUAAAUAAGAUAUUCCAAGAGUAUGUGGACAAAGAGGCCCAACAACGAGAGGAAGCGGAUACAGGUGGUGGAAAGGACAAGACCUCAAAAAGUUCAGUGAAAGAAGAGUCUGAUUCUCAGGAUCCCUCCAGAACAGUUGAAACCCAAGAGGGAGAGAGCAGUAAGCUAGAUGAUAAGGAGAGGGACAAGGUUUCUGUGGCAACAACAGAGAGACAAGGGUUGGUUAAAAAUGAUAUAGAUACUGAUAGGCAGAGUGAUGGAACUACAUCCUUUAAAAAUGAAGAGGAAGGAGAAGACAAGGAGGAGGAGGAUGAUUCUGUAGACGAUAUGGAACAAGAUACAAGUGAUAACGAAGAAGGUACAUCAGAUGAUGAUGAAGAUGACCACACAGAAGAUGAGGAUGUGAAGGAAGAGGAGGAGAGUGAACCCACCCAAGAACAGACCUCUUCAGAAGUAAAGAAAGAAGAUUUAGAUUUAGAUGAUGAAACAGAUGAUGAAUUGAAAGAUGUUUUAGCCAGUGCUUGUAGGGAUGAAGAAGAGGAAGAAGACUCAGAAGAAGAUAUACCAGUAUUAGAUUCUGAGGAACUUCUCCAAGAGGAGUCCAGGAGUGUAAAGACUGAGGAGAGCAACUCCAUCACAUGUCUAGAUGAAGAGAGUCCUUCCACUGCCACACCUGCCUCCUCAGUGCUCCGGAAUAGUGUGAAUGGCCCCCCUGUUCCCACCACUAACACAUUGCCUGCCUAUUCAUCUCCCACAUUCACCACUGCUGAGGACACGGCAGAGUCCCAUCCAGUAUUAGAUUCUGAGGAAGUUCUUCAGCAAGAGGAUUCCAGGAGCAUAAACAGUGAGGAGAGCAACUCUAUAAUGUGUUUGGAUGAUGAGAGCAAAGAUAAUAGCCCUGCCAUUGGCACACAUGCUGCCUCAGUUUUCCAGAAUAGUUCAAAUGGCCCCUCUGUUCCCACCUCCAACUCAUCACCUGCUACUGCUGCCUCCACUGCUCAUUCAUCUUCCUCAUCCACCACUGCUGAGGACAUGGCAGAGCUCCACCAGAAGCGUCAUCUGGAGGAUGAAAGUUCACCAGCCUGCAAGAAGAUAUGUUUAGAAUCCCCUAAGUCAUAGCUGUCAAAUCUGAGGGGUUAAUAACUUUUUAGUCUGUUAGUUCAUAAGGUUUAGUGAUGAAUAACGUAAUGAUUAUUUUUGUAUUGAGCCUUCUUUUAAUAGGAGGUCGUGUAGAAGUCAGGUUCUUUAUAUAUUUCAUACAAAUACAGGUAUACCACCAGUCUACAACCGAUGGUCCGGCGCCCUUUUUUAGUCAAGGCAAUUUUACAAGAGGAAACUUGAAAAUCCCAGGACUGCCAGACUAGUGUUCUGGCUGGCCACAGAUGGCAUUGUGUCAAACAGUUUAUGGUAUUGUACAGUUUGCUACUUUGGGAGGGGUAGUACUGUAAUAGUCCUUGUAAGUACAGUAUUUUUGCAUUUGUUAAAUAAUCAUGUUGGUUCAUAAUCAUGUAUAUAAUAAUGUCAUUAUUUGAUUUGCAUUGAGUAUUUACAUUAAUUGAUAUUUGGUUUCCAGCAGCCCAUAGUGCUUCAGAGACAUGGAAAGGUUUGGCCAAAUUAAUGGGUUAGAGGUGUGCCCAUUAAUUACUGUUAUGUCACAUAGUAUUGCAACAGCAGGAGCUGGUCAGUCAAUGGAGUAAUUUUACAAAUAUUUAAAUUACAUGAAUUGUUGCUAUCCAUUUCCAUGACUGGGAAGUCAAUGGAAUAUUUUCCUGAGUGAGUAUUUGUAGUAAAUGAGAUAUUUGCUUUGAAACUUUAACUUAAAUUAAAUCACAAGUUGAUAAACAUUUUCAUGCACUGUUUUCAACAAACACCGCUGAACCAUUGAAUGAAAGAUUUAGUUUUUUUUGCUGUAGCUUCUGUCUUAAUAUCACAUAGCUUUUCUCCUUUCCUCUGUUGUUACCAUAAGUAUUUGAAUUUCCAAGUUCACACAAUUUAUUUUUUAUAUAGAACUUGUAGUUGAUGAGUUGAUGGUUUAAGUAAAAAAAAACCCCAGUUAUGGAGAGACUUCUCAAAUCAACUUAAAAUGUCUUUUGCUUUCAAAAUCAGCUUGAUAAGAUGUCACAAUAAUUCAAAAUUGAUUGCACAAAGGCAUAUCACUGCCUGUAGUGGGCUGUGGUAAGCAUCUUUGCAACAGAAAUGAUUCACAUAGCAAAAACAGAGAUAGCAUGUUUUCUUAUUCACCAGUAAUGCAUAGAAGUGAUGAACAGCAGUUUUAGGAAGGUAAAUCCAUGUAAAGAUAUUAGAUCCAGAAGUAAUGAGAGCACGAAAAAGUAAAAGUAAUCUAUGCAUUUUUCACUCAUUUGUAAUAACUUUAUCUAAUUUUGGACUAAUGGGAUUUUCUGGAAAUUCACGUUCAGAUUAUUGAACUUUUACUAUAUUGAUGAUUUUAAAAUAUUUAACAUUAUAACACUGGGACUGAGAGUGCUGUGAAGUGUAGGAGGGGCAUUUCCGGUUUCCUCCCUGUUAAUUCAUAAGUGAGCCAGCUGCGCGGGAGCUUGCUCAGUUGGACUCUCGGGAGUGCAGGCGUCUAGUGAGUAAAGUGAUGCCGUUGGAUGUAUGAUCUCUAAUAGUUAUAACAUGGUAUCUUAAAAAAAGUAAGUCUUAGUUGGAAUACAUGGUCAGUUUGCUGCCUGUUGGAACAAGUUGAGAAAGGACUAAUGAAUGCAAGGAGGUCCUCAGUGGCCCGCUAACCGAUAUCUUUAAAAUGUCGGUAAAUUCUGGGUAUUUGCCCAGCCUAUGGAAAGUAGCUAAUGUGAUGCUGAUUUUCAAAAAGGGAGAGAGGUCAGCCACCUCAAAUUAUAGCCCAAUAAGCUUAACAACAGUUUUAGGCAAGAUGUUGGAGUCCGUUAUAGCUAGGAGUAUUUGGGACCAUCUAGAGAAGCAUAGUUUAAUUCAUGACUCACAGCAUAGGUUCACAGAGGGUAGGUCUUGCCUUACUAACCUGUUGUCUGUCCUACACUAAAGUAAUCAAGGCAGUUGAUAGAGAUGAAAAUGACGAAUAGUGUAUCUAGAUUUUAUUAAAGCGCUCGACAAAGUCCCUCAUCACUGGCUAUGACUUAAAUUACAGGCUCACGGCAUAGAUGGGAAAGUCUUGAACUGGAUUAGGAUGUAGCUUGGAGGUAGGAAGCUGAGAGUGCAAAUCAAUGGUAAAAAAUCUGAAUGGGGCAGUGUUACGUGUGGAGUCCCGCAGGGGUCGGUGCUGGGUCCACUGCUUUUUAUCAUUUACAUCAAUGAUUUUGACACAGGAAUUAGUAGUGAUGUCAGUACGUUCGUAGAUGAUACCAAGAUUGGUAGAAUAAUCCAAUCAGACCAGGACGCUAGCAUUUUCUAGGAUGAGCUUGACAGACUAUAUGAUUGGGCGGGUAAGUGGCAGAUGGAGUUUAAUGUUGGGAAGUGUAGUAUUCUGAGUUUAGGUAGGAAUAACCCCUCACAAUUACUCCUUAAAUGACACUCCUCUAAGCAGGUCUAGGUGUGAGAGAGACUUAGGACUUCUAGUGAGGGCUGUCCUCCGUCCUAGGGCUCAAUGCAUUCAGGCUAAGAAUCGUGCAAACAGGGCACUUGGUUUCAUCUCAAGAAGGGUAAGCAAUAGGAGCGCUGAAGUCAUCCUCGAACUUUACUUAGCACUAGUUAGACCUCAUCUUGAUUAUGCAGUUCAGUUCUGUUCACCCUACUAUAGAAUGGAUAUCAAGAUGUUAGAAUCUGUACAGAGGAGGAUGACAAAGAUGAUUCAGAAAGUGAGAAAAUUGCUGUAUGAGGACAGACUAAAGCAUUUAAAUCUACACUCUAGAAAGGCAAAGGUUAUGAGGAGACCUGAUUGAGGUUUAUAAAUAGAUGAAGGGCUUUAAUAAGGGGAUGUUAAUAGGGUUUUGGUUGUAAAAGAGCCAGGUAGAACACAUAGCAAUGGUUUUAAGUUUGAUAAAUUCAGAUUCAACAAAGACAAUGGCAAGAAUUGGUUUACCAAUAGAGUGGUGGAUGAGUGGAAUAGACUUGGCAGUCAUGUUGUGGGUGGCAAUACUAUAGAUACAUUCAAGAAGAUGUAGUGCAGCGACUUGCCUGAUGGGCGAGCCUCCCAUAACUCACUCUGCGAGGGGGGUACCUCUUUGGCUGACUGGUUAAGGAGUGGCUCUCCUGUCUCGCUGGUCGCGGGUUCGAUCCCCAGUGGCGGCAAAACCUUUUCUUGUCUGGAUUAAUUUCUCGUGUGUUUCAUUACAUGCAAAGGUCAUGUGGAAGUGUAGUAAAGAGAAAAAUUCUGGCAUUUCAAAGAGGUUGGAUAAAUUCAUGGAUAGUGAGGCUUACAGCAGCUGCCUUGUAUAGGCCAACCAGCCUCUUACAGGCUCCGUAUGUUCUUAUGAGUGAGUGAGAACAUCGCCCCUACAGUGAUACCAAGUAUGAGUAUACUACCUUAGCUGAUUUUUCUGCAUUGGGUUUGAUGUCAGAGUAUAGUGUUUGCCUGAAUGUUACAGCUAAUUCCUUAGCACUGUAAGCCUGGGUCCAUGUUCUUGACUUUAAGCUCAAAGGCCAAUAGGAUAGGGAUGAAUGCUGAAGCACAACACUGCCUAGUAGAUUCCCCUAAACUUUGCUACUACUAUACCUAUACCUAUUUGUAUACGAGUAGUAAUACUGGGGCUAAUGUGAAGCUGGAACAUUUGUACUCGUGGGUAUUGUCUUCCUUCUCUUCUUUAGAAAGUACAAUAUUUUAUUUUAUCUCUAUGCCACGUCACUUCAGUAUUCUGGACCCAUAUUCCUAUUGUUUUUAGAUCAUCUACAUUUUGCAGUCAUUAUUAUUUCCUGUUUGCAUCUUUCCUAUUUAUUUCCUGGGAAGUUAAAUGCUUAUAUGAAAUUUUCUCAUAUGUUUCAGUCAUGACUAUACACUCCAUCAACCAAACUAUCUAUUUAUUUAUCUAUCUAUCAUCUAAUUAUUUAUAUAUUUGUAUAUAGAUAACCAAGGUAUAAAUUUUUUGGUCCCACACCACAAAUUGUUGGUCAUAUCUUGACCCUUUACUCCCAACACUGCACACCUGUUCUUUGAAAUUAGUAGCAUGCACCACUUACUGCUUUUCUUUCAUAGCACUUUCCUUGAAGCUCUCAUUUCCCACCUCAUGGAUGUCUUACUGAUACAUAUAAAAAAUCUUGCUUGGUGGUCAAGUGGAUAAUUUUUUCCCCAGGUUAGUUUGACCAGGCUCAUGACUGCUGUCCCUUUUGAAUUAGUAUUUAGUACAUCAAUAUUUUUGAUUGAACAAAAUAAUAUGACGGCAGCCAGUGUUGCUGUUCACCUUGACCAUCCUGUCUUUCAUGUCUGUUCUAUUUUCUUUUGAUGUUCUGAAAUAUCCCACUUUCUAGCAUCCUCCUGCAACUUAGUUCUGCUAUCAGACUUGAAAACAAAGAAAUAAUGAUUUUGAACUGAAAAAGUAAUUAUGGAAAUAAUGUAAAAAAAAAUAUUCUGCUCAUCAUUAUUGUAUGAGUGAUUUACUAUUUACAGGAUAAUUCUCAACAUUUUAUGAGAAAUGUAGUGAUUAAAACUGAAGACUGUUUUUAGUCACAUUUCAGGCAUAUUACUGACCAUCGAAAGAUGAAAUAAAAAAAAAAUCAAUAAUAUGAACAAAUUUCUUGAACUUAUCCAGAUUUUUUAAUAUCAUGUGUAAUUUCAGGAAGUCAGAAUUAGUACUGUGCACUGGAGUAGCAAACACAAGGAGAGAACUGACCAAAAUUAAACUUGCCAACAAUGAGAAAUUAAUUUUGCAAAACACUGGAAAAAUGUUUUUGCCAAUGUGAAUGCUGUAAACCAUCCAGUCGUGCCAAACAUCAGUUGACGUUAACUGGCAGUGCCUACUGCACCCAUCAAGUUUUCAACUGUAGCCGAGGACAAUUUCUCCAGAAAUGUUCUCCCAUAUACUAUUCUUCACCACUGCCCAUCCCAGGCCAGGAAGAAAUAGUAAUGAAAGAUAAACUGGGUCUACAAUACAUAUAAUGGAAUUAGAGGACACUGCUAUUCCAAAUCAAUAGUUCAUUGAAUAUUUUGUUCUUGCUACAAGAAACUGGUGGCAAAGAAAAUUUAAUCUUACUGUAAUUAUAGUAGUGUAAUUAUCAAAACAACUUUGACACUUCUCGGAUUUGUCUCACCUUGGUCAGGCCUGGCACUCGCUGGAGCUGCCACAGGCCCCUUCCUCUUGUCCAAAAGAAAAUGGAACUUCCAUUAAAGAGCCUGUUGUGCUUGAUCCUGCAGAGGAUUUGAGGAUUUGAAUUUUGUAUCUUGGGACAAGGUUCAGUGUUGCACCCAGCUCAAGCGUGCAGGUAACUUUACCCAGGUUUCCCAUUUAUCGACCAACCUGCACGGGAAAAGAGGAAGUGAGUAGGGUGUAUGGUGACUGCUGUAUCCAGAUUUGAUAAGAGAGUUGAGGCAUGUAAGAUCUAUAAUGGAACACCAACCAUUACAUAGAGGAUACAAUGAAUGUUAAGCCAUUACAGUAAUGCUUACAGUGCCUGUAAAACUGCUUGCCAACAAUCAUAUAUCAGGAGAUCUUACCUGUAAAAAGACAGGCCAAGAUUGUCAUUACUAUUGAAUGUGGAAGAUGUUUGUCUUGUAAACCAUUAUGUGUACGCAUCAUGAAGCAAAUUUAUAAAAUUUGAAAGCAGCGUGAUGAAGGUCACUAAAUAACCGGGUACCAGCGGUGGCUCAAUGCAAGUAGGUGUCACUCGGUGUGAUCUGCGUCCUGUGGUGUCAUACCAAGUAUGUCCCCAGAAAGCAGUGAUUUGCGUCCUGUGGUGUCAUACCAAGUAUGUCCCCAGAAAGCAGUGCAAUGUCAUUUAAUGCUACUUUCUUUUGUACAAAGUCUCUUGAACUGUAUUACUUACAAUGUAUUUAUUAUGUACAAAUAAAUUUAUAAAACUUUC